GAUCCUAAGCGUUGGUCUCGGCAGACAGACAGCAAUCUACCUAAACACUUCCUUGGUCUGGGUAACCGAGACAACUUCGGAAAGAUGGCGUCCAAGUUAUCUUCGUCUUCUGGAAUAGGUUCAAGAUUGCCAGUUGGAUCCAAAGACAAUGAAACUGAAGAGCAACAGAAGCUGAGAUUUCAGGUGGAGCUAGAGUUUGUACAGUGUCUGGCCAAUCCAAACUAUCUGAACUUCCUAGCACAGAGAGGGUAUUUGAAAGAGCCAAACUUCAUAAACUACUUGAAAUAUCUUCUGUACUGGAAAGAACCCAGAUAUGCCAAGUACCUGAAAUAUCCGCAGUGUCUUUAUCUUCUGGAUUUACUGCAGUAUGAACAUUUUCGGAAAGAACUAGUUAGUGGACCUUGUGCUAAGUUCAUUGAUGACCAGCAGCUCUUGCACUGGCAACACUAUCACCGUCGACGCAUGCAGCUUAUCCAGGAGCAACAAGAAAAGAUGGCAGCAGCAGUUCAUACUAGCAAACCUUCCUAACGUCAUCAUGUGUAUAUGAAAUGGGUGGGAAGUGUGGGAGAGUGAUAGAUAUGUUGAGAAUGUGCAGUUUGUAUUAGAGGGGAAGAAGAGAGUUUGAGUGAAAAUUGGAUGAUGCAUCAAAAGUUAGGGUUAAAGUUGAAAUAGGCAAGAUGACAUAAAAGACUAUGUUUAUAAGUUUCUGGAUCAUGUACCAUCUGCUUGGUUAUGGGAAUAAUAUGAAAUACACAAACAAAAAUGU